AGCCCGUUCCCUCAGGUGCUGGGCGGAGCAGCCCGCAGGCCUGGGGAGUUUCGCUUGCUUGCCUCGGGGCUGGGCUUAGCCAGGCUCUGGACGCGUUUCCCUUCUCUAAUGCCCCAUGGGGUGGAGGCUUCAGCGCCAGGGCCCUGUUUUCUCAGUCUGCAGCAAAUCCAGAGUCCCAGUGUGCAAGCAUCUCCAGGGAGGAGAACACCCAGUUGUCGUCAACAACCAGUCAAGGAUAUGUUUUACCAGAAGGAAAAAUCAUGCCGAACACAGUCUUUGUUGGUGGAAUUGAUAUAAGGAUGGAUGAAACAGAAAUUAGAAGCUUCUUUGCACGAUAUGGUACAGUGAAAGAAGUGAAGAUAAUCACUGAUAGAACUGGUGUUUCCAAAGGAUACGGAUUUGUAUCCUUUUUGGACAACGUAGAUGUUCAAAAGAUAGUGGAAUCACAAAUAAACUUCCAUGGUAAAAAACUGAAACUGGGCCCAGCAAUCAGAAAACAACAAAAUUUAUGUGCUUACCAUGUGCAACCCAGACAUCUGGGUUUUAAUCCUCCUGUGCCACAGUUUCAUAGCAUGUGGAGUAAUCAAAACACGGAAACAUACAUACCUCCUCCAGCUGUGAUGAGCCCAGUAACUCAAUAUGUUCAGGCAUAUCCAUAUGGGUCACAAGCUGUACUGAUACAACAGCAAGUUCCUGUAGGAUACCAGCCCACCUACAACUAUCAGGUCCCACCACAGUGGCCUCCUGGGGAGCAAAGGAAUUACGUUUUACCUCCGGCUUAUACUUCAAUAAACUAUCACUGCAGUGAAGUAGAGCCAGAAGUUAUCCAAGCAGAAUGUUCUGUUCCAGAGCCUGCACAAUCAUCUGGAAACAGUCCACAAAAGAAGUCUGUGGACCGAAGCAUACAGACAGUGGUAUCCUGUCUGUUUAAUCCCGAGAACCGUCUGAGAAACACUAUUGUAUCACAGGAAGACUAUUUCAAGGAGAAAAGAGUGCAUCACUUUAGAAGAAGUAGGGCAGUGCUUAAAAGUGUUUAACCAAUGACACUGAAGAUUUAAAGUGCCUGUAUUCCAUUGUUUUGGGAUGUUAUUGAAAAUUAAUGUUCAGUAUAGCAAGGUGUGCUGUACAAUUAUGUAAUCUUAAGGAAAAAGUUACUUCAAGUUGAAGUUGUUCACAUUUGUUUAUCUGUUCCUAGAUCAUUUUGUUUCUAGCAUUUUAAGAUUAUGAUAGACUAGAAAGUUUCAGUGUUACAUUAUUUGGGUUUUAUGUAUGCCCUUUCACUUGAUGCUAGAAUAUGUUAAAAGAUUUUUAAGGAGUUUGCAUGAAAAAAUUACUCUUGAUUUAAUUUGUAAAUGUGUGAAUUUUCUUCUGGGCUUUAAGGUACAGUUUGUAUGUUGCACUUGUUUUCUCUAAAACACAUCUUAAAUGCCUAACAAGUUUAGCUCAUAAUUCGAAAGUUGAACUAGAAAUUUGCCCAAGAGGUAGUUUUUAAACUGCGUUUCUUAAUCAGUGGAACAGAAGACAUCAAGUUGUAACUCAGUUGAAGCCCUUCAAGUCUGUACCUAGUGUUAUAGUGCUGGUUCUCUACAAAUAAUCCAAUCAAUGGGGAUUACAUUUAUUAGUUACAAUUUAUGCACCUGAAGUCUGAGUAUCACUAUCAGUUUGAUUGGUAAAAGUAAUUAAGAGAAUUCUAAAAUUCCGAAAUCUAAUUUAAAGAAAAA